AUUUUCUAUUUCAUUGUUAUUCUUUUUAUUGCUUGUCAUGUUGUUGGUUAUUUAUUUUAUUGUAAGUUGAAAAAUAUCCAAAUUCCUUAGAUUAUUGUAAUGUUUAAAAAUGUUCAAAAAGAUCUUUAUGUGGAAAAAAAGAUCUGAACAAAAUGAAACUAAUAAAGAUGAAAAAUCAUUAUUUCUUGAGAUAUUUUAUGGUAUUAUAGAAGACGUAUUCUAUUGGAGAAAUUCGUGGUUUUCUUUGCUAUUUAUUUUAAAUCUCCAUUUAAUAUUUUUUGUGGUGUUUUAUCGUCAACAUAACUUAUUACAAAUACUUUGCGGGAUAUUUAUAUUCAUUUUAUGUGUUGAUGCUCUCGAAAUAUGGCUAAAAUAUAAACAUCGUACCACAUGUCUAAAGCGAUUAGCACAGAGAAGUGGAAGCACAUCCUUCAUUGAUGCCAAUGAAAUAUAUAUUUGGACUAAAACGCAAAUAUCGCAUUAUAUUGAGCUACGUGAAGCCAAUCCAACAAAAGCAUUCUUAAUCAUGAAGAUAGUGUUUAGUAUUCUAUUCCUGUUUGGGAAAUAUAUGUCUGGAUAUGUUUUAUUUUAUAUUUUGUUUAUUUCAAUAGUAUUUUUAAAUAAAUAUCUACCACCUAUUAAAAGUUUAAUAUUGAAAAUCCAUCAUACUUCAGAUUGUGAUACUGAAUUUGAAGGACUAGUGCCUGAUGCUUCACAAGCUAAUUUGGAUUUACUAACUCUUGAAACAGAUUUUAGAGUUCUAUCUGAUGAAAAACAGAGUCUAGAUGAUUGGAAUCCCCAUGAUUUGCCCAUGGAAGAUGUUAGUGAUAGUUCUGACAACAGCAGUUCUUUAGUUACUAAUAUUUCGAUGGAAAAACUUAACAGAUUAGAUAAAGAUGUUGAUGUUUCUGAUUCCAGUGAUGAAGAUUAUAUCCCUAAAGAUCAGCACAUUGAACAGAUCCAAACGACACUUGAUAUUCAACCACAAGAUACUUGGACAUCAUCCGCAUAUAAUGCUUUGUCCACAUUAGGUGGUGCUGUAUCAAAUAUAGUGUAUAGACAUCCAGAGGAAAAUAAAAGGAAGAGAUUUACUAGCAAUGACUCAUCAGAUGGAUUUGAAAUGAUAGAUAAAAAUGAUGUUAUGUGAUUUUAUGGUAUACUUAUUAAUUGUAAAUAAAAAAAACAGGAUUGUAGUAUUAAAAGUAUAAUUUUUAGCUUAAAAUUGA